AUGGCUGAAAACGAAAACGACUGGGAUUUAUGGGCAGUUGUGAGAAGGUGCUCCAACAUGAACAACUCUGUUCAUGAUGAUACAAGAAAUUGCUACAACGUUAAUACUUCUGUUCUUGUCGAUCACAAUGUCCAUGAGGAUCCUACUCAUGGUAACUCUGCUAAUAACACAAAAACACCAACUCUUCUUCCAGACCAAAGUGAUUGUGUUGGUGAUUUUAGUGACUCGUUCGCCAUGGGAAACAAGCGUUAUUUCGGGUUAGAUGAAGUUUGCAGUCUUUCCAAGAAUUCAAGAAUUGAACCCCACAACUCAGAAAACCAAACUGAAACUAUUCCAAACACCCCACUGCUGCUUGUAGAACAUGAGGAGGAGAAGAAGAGAAACAAGAAGGCGAGAUACUCGAUGCAAAGUUCAAGUAUUAAGGAAGGCAAGAGUGUUUGUUAUCGGGGGAAGAGCACUGAAAGAUAUGAAAUAUUGGCUGAGAAAUUGAGUGAGGCAGAUCAAUGGAGAUGGAAGAAGUAUGGGAUGAAGCGAACUGGUGGUUCGCCUUUUCUCAAGAGCUACUAUAGGUGUAAUGAAGUUCAAGAUUGUCCGGCAAGGAGACAUGUUCAGCAAAGCUCAACAGAUUCAAACAAAGUGGUUGUAACUUAUAGGGGCCAACACAAUCACCCUCCUAACCAACACAUUGUGAUGGUAAACAGGAGCCAUAAUGCUGCUGCCCCCGUGGAAGACCCAUCUUUUCCCUCUUCUACCUCUACUAUGCUAUUCAACUAA